GAUAAGGAAAAGAAGAAAAAGGAAAGUAUACUUGACCUGUCCAAAUACAUAGAUAAGACCAUUCGGGUGAAAUUUCAGGGUGGCAGGGAAGCAAGUGGAGUUCUGAAAGGAUUUGACCCUCUAUUGAAUCUUGUAUUGGAUGGAACCAUAGAGUAUAUGAGAGAUCCAGAUGAUCAAUACAAAUUAACAGAAGACACACGACAACUUGGACUUGUUGUUUGCAGAGGGACAUCUGUGGUUCUUAUAUGCCCACAAGAUGGCAUGGAGGCUAUUCCAAACCCUUUCAUUCAACAGCAAGACGGUUAA